AUGGCGCUGCGCUUCGCGCUGGCGCGAGCGAUGGGCCUCAGCACGUCUGGGGUGCCAUCGCGGCAGGCGCGCAGGCUCGCGCACGCGAAGGGGGCGUGCCAGCGGGUGGCGGCGAGGCCCCAGUCGACCAAGGCCUCUUUCGACUCCGUCCUGCAGGCGAAGGUCGGUCCCGCUGGUUGCGUGGACCUCUGCUUCCACGACGGCGCGGCCUUCCGCUUCCACGCCCUCUGGCUUCGAGACGCGUGCCGCACGGAUGUCUUCGUGAACGCGGCCAGCGAGCGGAUUCUCGGCAAGACGCUGCUCGUGCAGGGGUGCCCAGCCGACCUCCACGCGACGUCGACGCAAACCACUGCCGACGGCGGCCUCCGCGUCGACUUCAGCGACGGCGACAGCGGCAGGUUCGACGCGCACUUCCUCCGCAGCUACGCGGGCACCGUGGCGCACGGCCUGGGCGGCGAGAGCCGGAGGCCGCUCGUCGACACCGACUGGCUCAAGCCGUACUGCGGCUUCCCUGACGUCAGGUCCCCAGGCAAAGCCCAGGUGAACUUGUGGACGAACAGUUCUGGCCCAGCGUUCCAGGAGAUGACCCACGAGGAAGUCGUGGCGCCCGCCGGGAACCUCGAGAUGCUCCAGGUCCUCCUCCGCGACGGCGCCUUCAAGAUCACCGGCGUGCCUUCGCCAGGCCCAGCUGCUCUCCACGCCUUCGCCGACGCCUGUUUCAACGGCCUGCAGAAGGACCCAUCGCGGACGGAGGCGAAUUGGGAGAUUGCGCCGAAGGAGGGCGCUGCCUCGAUUUCCUACGCGCCCACGCUGAAGCUCAAUAACCACACCGACCAGUCGUUGCCCAACCAUGGCAUCCCGGCCCUCUUCCUCGUGAUGCACACGGCGAGGGGUUACGGCGUGAAUACGCUUGUCGACACCUCUGCUGUCUGCGAGGCUCUGCGCGAGCGCGAUCCUGAAGCGUUCGAGCUCCUCAGCCGAUACGGUAGCCCCCAGCGGAGGUUUACCGCUGCGAGCCGGCAAGACGCCGACCAAGGCCACACAGUGAAUUUGUGCGUGAUGUCAGGAAAGCCCAUCAUCCAGCUGGACGACGCAGGGGGCAUCAUUCGCACGCAGUACAACGAGGUCUUCCGGAUUCCGUCGGAGCUUCCGUUCGACAUCUUCAAGCCGUGGUAUGCGGCCUAUCUGAAAUUUGGACAGAUGAUCCAUUCAGAUGAGUUCGUGCGUCGUUUGCGGGUUGAAGCGGGCCAGAUCGUGGUGGUGAACAAUUGGCGUGUGAUGCAUGGGCGCGAUGGCCAUUGGGACGGCACGCACUCCAACAUCCAGUCUGCGGACCGUUUCUUGACGGGAGGCACAGUGACACGGGAGAAUAUGCUCAGCAAGGCCCGUGAACUUUUGCAUCAGGUCCACGGAUCCGAGUUGUAUGGGACUCAGUUAAUUUCGUGA